UGUUCAACCUUAAUGAACACCUCAAGGUUCACUUUGGGAUGACGUAUCACAUCCGCUACCUUCGCAGAAAUCACGUGACUUAGUUCGAUUAGAGCCCAUCAUCAUCAUCAUCAUCAUCAUAAUCAGUAAGCUAUCCUGGAUCAAGUCAUUCAGUUUGGAUGCGGUCAGAAGUGACAUCAACAUGAGGAACCUGUCUCUCCUUUUGGGGCUUGUACUUGUCCAUGGAGUGUUUGGUGUCGAUGAAGUGAAGUCCGUGUCCGUGAUGGUGGGAGAUUCUCUCACUCUAAACUCUGAUUUUACUGAAACAAAGGGAGACGAGCUGCAGUGGAGGAUUGAAGGUGAAAGCAAUGUCUUAGCACAGAUUGAUAGAGAAGUCAAUAAAUUCUUAGUUCCUGGGAAUAAUGAAGAGAGAUUCAGAGGCAGACUGAAGCUGGAUCAUCAGACUGGAUCUCUGACUAUCAUGAACAUCCGAAACACAGACUCUGGAGAAUAUGAACUAAAGAUCAAGGACAGCAUGAAUGAGAACAAUUACAGAUUCACUGUCACUGUCCGCGAUGUGUUUUUUGUUGAUGCAGAUGGAGUGAAGUCAGUAUCAGUGACUGAGGGAGAUACUGUCACUCUACACACUGGUGUUACUGGUGAUCAGAUACAGUGGAAGUUUGGAGAUCAAGAGUUAAACAGCCCUGUUGACGCAAGAUGGGAAAACAUUGAUGUGAAUGAUCAAACCAGAGACCUCACUAUCAAAAACAUCCGCAUCAAUCAGUCUGGAGUUUAUAAAGUGGAGAUCAACACCAGCAGUAUGAUCUUACACAGAAAUUUCUAUAUGACUGUUGAUGGAGUGAAGUCAGUUUCAGUGAAGGAGGGAGAAUCUGUCAUUCUACACACUGGUGUUACUGAAAUACAGGGAUAUGAUCUGAUAAUGUGGAAAAUUAAUGAUAAUCUCAUUGCUGAGAUCAAUAAAGGGUCUAAACGAUUACUAAUCAUUGACAAAGACAAUAAGAAAUUCAAUGGCAGAUUACAGAUGCAUCACCAAUCUGGAUCUCUCAUCAUCAGUGACUCUGAAACCAAAGACUGUGGAGUUUAUCAUCUGGACAUGAUCAGCAGCUCACACACCUUAGAGAGGACCAUCAGUGUUACUGUCAGGGGUCUGUCUUCAGGUGCUUUAGCAGGGAUUGUUGGUGGUGUUGUUCUGCUGGUGUGUGCUGCAGUUUUAGCUGCUGUUGUGAUUUACCAAUGCCGCACAAUCUCUAAACUACGUAGAGAUGCAGAAAAUAAGGGAACGACCGAACCUUUGAACAAUUAGACUGGUCAUCAGUGAUGAUUGAUAGUCACUGUAACAAUAGACACAUUAACAGAGUUUGAAGUCAACUCAUGUGUGCUUUUGAGAUGUGAAACUAAUAAGUGAAGACUUUUGUUUGAUUUGGCAUAAAUACAGAAGAAUGCUUUCAUUCAUUAUGAAGUUGAUGUUAUAGUCUGCUGUUCGCACUGAUGCUGAUGAAACUGUUUUCUUGUUUUUAAGAGACAGUUUCACUGUUUAGUAUAAUUCAACAUAUUACACUCUGUGGCUUGAUUAUUGUUACAUUUUUAGAGAAUAUUGCAGAAAUAAUCUUAUACUGAACUUUAAAGGUGCUAUAUGUACUUUUUCGAGGCCUCUAUCGGUGGUGUUUUUGAUUGCAACCAAUUUUCACAAGAGCACUCGUGCUCGAACACAAGAGCGAUCAUGGCCACACUGAGACUUUCAACACACCGGAGAAAGCAUCACACAACAUGCUGGAAACUCAUGUAAACUCCCACUGCAACGUUACAAUAAUAGGACACUUUUAUCAGCUUGACGUUGAACUAAUGCUCCAUGCUCGUAACAUGAUAACGGUACAUUUGUGGUGUGUAUCUAGCAUAAGGCAUUUCAUUAACUAUUCGUGUAUCUUUCACAAUCAGCAAUGCCAACAUCUGUGAGUGUAUAAUA